AAUAUUUUGAUAGGUCGAUGAUUAAAAUGGAGCAGAAUGGGGAUACGUUAGGACGCGCGUCCGUUUCUUCUUCCCGAUGUCAGCGAAUGUAAAAGCGCAGUUUUCAAGUAGCUCAAUACUACGUCGAGCCACGCUCGUAGCGUCGUCACACCGUCUCGCCGAGACACGUUCUCAGCUGUUCCUCGAUUGCACUUCGCACCCGAUUGCACCGGAACCGAUAUACGUUCCCGUCGUCGCGUUUGCUCAAUUGUUGUAACUCGUCCCGAGACUGCUUCUGUUAUCAGAGUUCGCUAUGUCGGGCGAUCACAAGACGGUGAUCAAGUAUCCCUCGGAGUACGUCAAACUAAACAUCGGUGGUUCGCUCCAUUAUACCACCAUAGGCACUUUGCAGAAGCAUGACACCAUGCUGCGUGCCAUGUUCAGCGGUCGCAUGGAAGUGCUCACCGACUCUGAAGGUUGGAUAUUGAUUGAUCGCUGUGGCAAACAUUUCGGAACAAUUUUGAAUUUCUUGCGGGACGGUUCAGUCCCUUUGCCAGAAAGCACAAAAGAAAUGGCAGAGUUGCUCGCUGAGGCAAAAUACUAUUGCAUCAGCGAAUUGGCGGAAUCUUGUGAACAAGCACUAUUUCGGAAAGAACAUGAGGUAGAGCCCAUCUGCCGAAUCCCUCUCAUCAAUUCGCAAAAGGAUGAACAAUUUCUCAUAAACAACACUACUAAGCCUGUGGUCAAGUUGCUCAUUAAUAGGCAUAACAAUAAAUACUCCUAUACAAGUACGUCGGAUGACAAUCUAUUAAAGAACAUAGAGUUGUUCGAUAAGAUAUCGCUUCGCUUCAACGAUAGAGUGUUAUUCAUCAAAGACGUCAUCAGCUCGAGCGAGAUCUGCUGCUGGACGUUCUAUGGACACGGUCGCAAGGUAGCCGAGGUGUGCUGCCACUCAAUCGUCUACACGACCGACAAGAAACAUACGAAGGUCGAAUUCCCCGAAGCACGAAUAUACGAGGAAACAUUGAACAUUUUGUUAUACGAGAAUCGAAAUGGCCCCGAUCAGGAUUUGAUGCAGGCAACAUCCUCGCGCGGUGCGGUCGCCUGUACGUCCGACGAGGAAGAGGGUGAGCGUUCAGGCUUGGCCCGCCUUCGCUCCAACAAACAAAACACCAACUGACCCAGUGUUGUCCUUUUAAAUCCACCGCACCCCGCGAUUCUCAGCGUCGUUCGCUCUCUAAAAACGUGCAUCAAUAUCAGAUAAGAUGCAAGCAUCGAGUGUAGAAGACGCGUCGCUCGAUUAUUUCACAUUAGUCGAGUUUCUUUCUCUUCUCGGCCUCGAGACGUGGAACUGAUUGCCACAGUCGAACGAUAAGCUGUCUUGAUAAGUUUCUUACAUCACAAUAUUUCCGCGUUACUCUCCAAUUGUUGAAUAUGUGUAUAUAUAUAUAUAUAUAUAUACACAUACACACACACACACACACACACACACACACACACACACACACACACACACACAUAUACAUAUAUACACAUAAGAGAAUCGUAUUUCCCCUCGAUUAAUGUAAAGCCUAAAGACAAAAUUAUAAGUUUCUUCUUUUUUUUGCUAUCCUUCUUAUACAAACAUAUUUAUAAGCGUGCAAGUAAGAAUGGCAUCUUAUUGAUUUCAUACAAUCAGUCGUACCAUGAAGGAAAAGCGUAGCGCCGCGUGUUUACUGUUAAUGUGCCAAAUCGUGUUAAAUCUGUGAGAAGAAUAUAAAUCUGAAGAUUGCCAUUCUAUGACUGAUAAAUUUAUUUAUAAAUUUGUACUCUAUAACAGCUUUUAAGCAGUCAUUUAGAUUAAUCUGUUAUAAAAAGAGUUUUCUGCAGAACUAAGAGAGGAGGACUGCAUUGUUACCUGUUAUAAGUAUUAUUAUUAUUAUUAUUAUAUUAUUAUAUAUUAUAUCAUCACUGUCAUCAUCGUUAUCGUUAUUCUCAUCAUUUUAGUUAUUACUUACUUUAUUAUCAUCAUUUAUUAUUCUCCUACAAAUACUAUUAUGAAUUUGAUGAUUAAUUUGUCAUUAUUCUCUUUCAUAAAUUUGCAUAAUUUGAUACUUCAAUAAAAUGUAUUAUGUGUUAUUUGCUUGCGUUUUGUAUAGCAACAUCAGGACUCUAAACUGCUUAAAGGAUGAUGUGGAGUAAAACACUGCCCUACUAAAUACAGUAAUAAAUGGAAACUCAGAAUCUAAUAUACAUAUAUCAGUCAAAUGUGGUUUUAAUGAUACGUUUUCAAUGUUAUCUCGAUUGAAUCAUAACGUUAAAUAUAUAUUAAAUAUGAAAUACACGUUUCAAGAUUUCUAGCUUGAAACGCCAGUCAAAUACACGUGAUACAGUGUGUCUAAUAUUGAAUAAAUGAGCUUUAUGUCGAAUUUUCUACUGAUUGUGCGAGAUGAGUCAUCCCAAAUAUUAUUGUAUUGCCACUUACUGUAAUUCCCAUAUCUGUGUAAGGACAUUAAUCAUAGUGAUCUUUGCUUAAGAAAAUUGGAAUGGCAAUCUGAUUGUAACUAUAAAGGUAAGAGAAGCCAACAUUUCUUAUUUCAUAAUAAAAUAGGAAAGGAAAGAGAGUUUGCUUUCGGAUAUCGAAAAGUUUAAAUAAAUAAAGGUCGAGCGUAUAAAAUCUGAUACGGAUCUUUGACUACUCUGGUAGUGUAUAUACAUACAUAUAUUUCUUUUCGUGUUUUCAAUAAUCUGUAAUCUUAUAGUUGAUAAAGGGACCAUAUUAUCGCGUUACAUAUUUACAUUGUGAAAUAUCUUUCCAUUCGUGUCUGUAACAUGUAUGUUAUAUAUUGAAUCGAAUAUAUUUACGUUGAA